GUCGAUUGCCAGUCCUGGGGUCAGAAGGGUGUUGGGAGACCUGAGCCCGGCUCGCCCGGCUCUGGGGAUCCCCUCCAUCUAGAACCAGCCAACCACACUGUUCACCUGCUGCUGGGACCAUGGGGGCUGGGGCUAGCGCUGAGGAGAAGCACUCAAGGGAGCUGGAAAAGAAGCUCAAAGAAGAUGCUGAGAAGGAUGCUCGAACCGUGAAACUGCUGCUUCUGGGAGCGGGUGAGUCCGGGAAGAGCACCAUUGUCAAGCAGAUGAAGAUCAUCCACCAGGAUGGGUACUCGUUAGAAGAGUGCCUCGAGUUCAUCGCCAUCAUCUACGGCAACACGCUGCAGUCCAUCCUCGCCAUCGUGCGCGCCAUGACCACACUCAACAUCCAGUAUGGAGACUCUGCCCGCCAGGACGACGCCCGGAAGCUGAUGCACAUGGCGGACACCAUCGAAGAGGGCACGAUGCCCAAGGAGAUGUCAGACAUCAUCCAGCGGCUGUGGAAGGACUCGGGUAUCCAGGCCUGCUUCGAACGCGCCUCUGAGUACCAGCUCAACGACUCGGCGGGCUACUACCUCUCGGACCUGGAGCGCCUGGUCACCCCGGGCUACGUGCCCACUGAGCAGGACGUGCUGCGCUCCCGUGUCAAGACCACAGGCAUCAUCGAGACUCAGUUCUCCUUCAAGGACCUCCACUUCCGGAUGUUCGACGUGGGCGGGCAGCGCUCGGAGCGCAAGAAGUGGAUCCAUUGCUUCGAGGGUGUGACCUGCAUCAUCUUCAUUGCGGCGCUGAGCGCCUACGACAUGGUGCUGGUGGAGGACGACGAAGUGAACCGCAUGCACGAGAGCCUGCACCUGUUCAACAGCAUCUGCAACCACCGCUACUUCGCCACCACGUCCAUUGUGCUCUUCCUCAACAAGAAGGACGUUUUCUCCGAGAAGAUCAAAAAGGCGCAUCUCAGCAUCUGCUUCCCGGAUUACGACGGGCCCAACACGUACGAGGACGCGGGCAACUACAUCAAGGUGCAGUUCCUUGAGCUCAACAUGCGCCGCGACGUGAAGGAGAUCUAUUCCCAUAUGACUUGUGCUACUGACACACAGAACGUCAAGUUCGUCUUCGACGCAGUCACAGACAUCAUCAUCAAAGAAAACCUCAAAGACUGCGGCCUCUUUUGAGGUGCCUGAACUCAUGUGUGUCCCUGACACCCUGUAGCCCUAGCCACCUUGUAGCCCUAGCCCACAGGAGCCUAUUAGCCCCCCAGAACUCCUGGACCCCAGCCUGUGGUCCCACCAGCCACACACCCAAAACCCUGAGUCCCACUAGCCUUGAGGCCCUGACCCUCCCCCGUGUCUCCCAGAGCCCAGUGCCCCCAACACCACUGUUGCCCUUCACGGCCUGGCGGCACUGGCCUCCAGGACCCACCCCAGCCAGCCCCAGCUAGGAACAGGCAGGACUUGGGACAGCUAGAGCUCACAGUGACUCAGCAGUGCCCAACUGACCAAUCUCCGGCAGGUCUCUCUCCCCAGGGGGCCCAUGACUCACCUGGUGGGUCUGGGUUCAGCAAACAGCCCUCCCUCCCAGGUUCAUGAAGAGCGAGGGGGCAGGCAGAGAUCCCUCCUCCAAGCAGGCCUACUGCUUACCAUCAGCCCAUUCUAGCCUUACUACCUCCAUGUGGCAAGUCAGGCACCUGUCUACCCAGUGGCCAGUGACUCCCUCUCAGUAGCUUCAGGGGUCCAAAGUCCAAGCCACUCAGGCCUAUGUGGCUCCCACAUUAAUGAAUUAGUGAGUGGGGGGCAAGCCUGGGAGCCCCUGGGUGUCAGGAAGAGAUUUAAGCUGGACCCUUCCCCACACAGCAGGCUCCAAGUAACCCCCUGUCUCCCUCCCCCACAGGCUCUGCCCCCUCCAUCCUUGGACACCCAAUCCAUGUCCACCUCACCCCCACCCACCCACAGCGCUUCAGGCCAGCCAGCCAAGGGGAUGGUCUGUUGAGGGAGGGUACUGUUGACACCCGCUGUGGCCAAUGGUCAAACUGUCCUGAGGGGUGGCUGGGGGCAGAGUCCGACUCCAUCGAUCAGCUCCAGGCAGAGGAUUUGGGACAUGACUGAGGCCCAGGUUGGGCCCAGAGGGGUCUACUUCAGGUGGGGUCACAAGCAAAUCCAGGUAAUCCUCCCAUCCCUGCCAGCAACUUCUCUCACCCUUUCAGGGCCCAUUCCCUGGCAGGAAAAGCUGAGGGCCAUGUCCAAAUUUUGUCAGGGACAGAGGCCCAUGUACCUGUACCCCUGCUCCCAGUUCCUCAUCAAGCCCCAAGUCCUCGCUGGGGCCUGUGAGCCAGGACUUAUGCUAAGUCGAGGACAGGGGCUUCCAUCUCUCAAGGCCAGAGGACAGUCCACACUCCCCUCAGGCAGAUGCAGACUCAGCAAUAAACCUUCGCAUCAGG